AUGAGUGCAAAUACAAGUUUCCAAUUAUUGAAAAUUAACAAUUCAAAAAAUCGUUUUUCAAAGCGUAAGUCAUUGGAGGCUGGACUUGUAGAAGAUUCUAUAAAGUUAUUGAGAGAAUCAAGAACAUCAGAUGUUUUGAAUGAUAUGCAGAAUGUAUUAAUAAACAAAUCUGGUAUACAGAUGAAAGAUGCAUUAGAAAGUUCAAACAAAUCAAAUGUAAAUUCUAGAAGGUCCUCUAGAAUCUCAAAUGCUUCUGUUGACAAAAAAUCUAUGCUUCUGGAGAGUACAAAUAAUUUAACACAAGAUCAACCAAGUUGCCUGUCUUAUAGUACUCAUUCAGUUGUUGAUGAAAACUUUGUGCCAGAAAAUGCAAGCAAGACAAAAUCUUUUAACAUGUCUGUUAAUUUGAUAUCCGUUGAGAAAAAACCAAUUUCAAAUAAUUUAAGGAAAAGUGAAAUUCCAAUAAGAAGGGUUGGAAGAAAUAACAAACUAUCACACAACCUUACAUUGCCUGCAAGAGGUAAUAUACAAAUUGGUACAAAUAUGUGCUCUACUCCUAUUGUUAAUAAAAUUUGUAUUUUACCUAAGUCUGUGGUUUCACAAUCCAAGUCUAUGCAAAAUUCCAUCAUAAAUGAUAUAGAAAAUAUAUCAUUUAUAGAAAAAGAAGUUACACCAGAAGCAAAUAACUCUAAUUCAUUACUCUCAGGGGUUAAUUAUGAAUCCACACCUGUUUCAACCAUGAAAUUAAAACGAAAUAAUGUUGAAGAAUCAAAUAUCAAUUGUUUAGAAACUGCAGACAGUCAAGCUAGUAAACCAAACGAUGAAAAUGAUGAUGAAUCUAUUACUCCUAAAACAUCCAUUAAAAUUAUUCCUGAUGUUGCUAAAAAACUGCAUUCUACUGCAAAGAAAUCCAUUUCUCGACGCACAUUGAAUACUGAGAAAACUGUGCAUCCAUUGUCAAUAAUAAUAAACAGUAAUGUAUCACUGAAUGAUCUACAGAAAUCUGAAGACAAUAUAUUUAAAGAUGACAUAACGAAUUUGGAAAAAUCAGAUAUUUCAAAGAAGAGAAGCUGUUCUAAAGUGACAUUCCAAGAUGUGAGCAGUAGAAAUGUGGAUAAUAUUCACCAUUUAUCCAAAUCCCCCAAGAAUGACUUAACAAAUGUAUCUGGUAUAAAACAUUUGUUUAGACAACAAGGAAAUGUUCAAUCCCCUAAAAAUGAUCUGACCACUGUAGUUGGCUUAAGAAGAAUGUCUGAUGAACGAAAGCAUGUAUCUCCCAAAAAUAAUUUAACAAAUAUCUCAGGUGUAAAGUACUUGUUAAGUCCCUCAAAUUCAAGUCAAAUCACACUAAAAGAAAUGUCUUUAGGAAAUGUUUCCCAAAUAGAUGUUGCAGAAUCAAGUUUUGGAAAACAUUCUUCAACUCCAUAUGUUGAAGUCUGUAACAAAUCUCAAAAAUGUAUCAAACCUAAAAAUGCUACAAUGACCUGGGGUAAGCGCAGAUGCUCAUUGGGAAAAAUGAAACCAAUGGUCAGAGGCCGCAGGCUAUAUUCUGAGACGGAUAUUUACAUGCGAAAUUCAAAUGAUUCUGCAAUAUCAUAUGAUAAUACACAAAUAAUAAAUGAAGUUUCUCAUCCAGCGAUAACAGAACCAUUGAUUGAUUCAUCAAAACCAUUUAAAAGAAUUAUAGACCCAGUUUUUGCAAAAUUAUCUGCAAAAAAACUAAGACGUAAAAAUUUUGGCAAAUCUUCUAAGGCUGGAAAUGAAAAAUUAAAGAAGUCUAAAUUAACAACUAUUGAUUGUCAAAAUGAUCAUAUUAUUGAUAAGUGUGCUGUUUUACUAACUCCAUUGAAAAAUGUCGAGAAUUAUUUAGUUGCUUGUGAUAGUUUAGUAAACGUUCAACACUUAGAGACUAUGGAACAAGAAGAAGACAUUUUAAGUAUAAAUAAUGAAAAUAGAAACGAAACCAUAAAUGGUGAAGAUAAAAGUCAUGCAACGUAUACUUCAGACAAGAGUGUAAGAAGAGGACUACGAAAUAAAGGUAAUCAAAGAGGAAAUGAUAAUAGUAAUAUGAAACAUGAAAAUAAUAUUGAAGAAACAGAACAACCAAUAAAAAGAUCAAGUGAGAAGAAACAAUCUAAUAAAGAAGAGACUGAUAACAAAGCAUUUGACACUUUUGAGGCACAAAGUAGUACAAUUAACAAUGAAAUCGAACAAGAAGUAUCAGCAGGUGUUACUAGGGUAUUAAGGAGAAAGACAACAAAGACCAAUAAAAAGGAGAAUAAAACACCAGUAAAAAGAAAUAGGAAAAGGAAGCAAAAUGAUGCUGUAAUAAAUUCAGAUAGCAACCAACAGAAUGAAGAUGCAAAAAUUGAAAAAGGAGAAAAACAAAAUAUUGCUACUGAAAGAGAGGAAAGAACUCAUAACAAUAAAGGAAAGAGCGAAAUUAACAAUUCUGGAGAUAUGCAAUCAGAAAGUUUGAAUAUGGAAACAAACGAAAACUUUGUAAAAGAUGUUAAAAAACUUGGAAAAGGAAAAAAUACUAUGCAAGUAAAUGAUAAUGAUAAGGUUUGUACACCUGAUAUUGGAAAAAACAGCAUGAAGAAUUUCAAAGAUGAGGUACUAAAUAAGGUGGAAUCACUUGAAGUUGAAGUAAUUCCAAAAAGAAAUACAAGGAAUGCUAAGAAAAUGGUAGCAAAUAAUAUCAAAGUUAAAAACCAAGUAAAAGAAUCCACAGAAGAUGAUGCUACAUCUUCAAGUGCAAUGGAUAUUAAAAAUGGAAAAGAAAAUGAUAAUUCAUUUACUCAAGAAGCAGAUGAAAUUCCCAAAAGAAGUACAAGAAGAACAAAGAAAUCUACAAGGCAAUGUGACACUUUAAUAAUCAAAGGCAAGGAACAAAAAGUAAUUGAUGCAAACUUAAAACAAGAAUUAAAUAAAGAAAAAUCCAAAACCACUGAUGUUAAUAAAGAUGCUACCAAUGUAGAGCACAAAGAUAUAAAUACAAGCGAAAGAAAUGCACCUACACGAAAGACAAAACGUGGUAUCACAAAUUUAGAAAACACCCCAGUGGUAGUCCACUCUCAGGAUGUAGAUAAUAUGUCUCAAACUGAAACAUUGGCAGAGAAAACAGCCACAAGAUCAAGAAAAGGAAAAGCAGACUCAAAUGAUAACCUGCAAGAAGCCAAAACUACAGAAAAUGGAGAUACUUCAACAAAGAGAUCCAGAAGAGGGAAAGUAAAAGAACAAAAUUUUGAUGAGGCCCAAACGAAGAAAACACUUACCAAACAAACAAGAAGUAAAACUAUAAUUAAUGAAGAAACAGAUGAAAUGCCUCGAGAACAAGCAAUUGUGACACCAGCCAAGAAACAGACGAAAAUAAAUACAAUAUACAAGGAAGAAGAUGAGGGGCAAGAACUUCUAGAGAAAAAUGAAAUCAUUAAAGAAACAAGUAAAAGAAAUCUGAGAAAACGAAAGCAUCAAAAUAUAACUGAAACCGAUAAAACAGGAAAGGAAGAUCAUAAAAUGAAUGAAACAGAUCAAAAGAUGGCUGAAAAUGUAUCAAAAGAAGUUGUAGAAAAUGAGAGUAAUAUCAAAGUAUCAGACCAGGCGAAUAAGAAAAUCCCAGUUGUGAAAGGAUCUAGAAGAGGAAAACAAAACAAAGCAAUUGAUGAAGAAAAUGAAAAACAUGAAAUCGAAAAACAAACAAAAGAGAAUUCUAAAAGUUCAACAAAGAAAGUGAAACAAGUACAAAGUGAAAAUACAAAAGCAAUCGACAAUCAAUCCGAUCGCCAGGAACAUAAUCAAAAUGAAGUUUUGCCUAGAAAAAGAACCAGGAGAGGCAACCAAAAGAAAGAGGAGGAGGAGGAAGAUGAACAUGAAAUUAAGCCUAUUCCUCAAAAACGGUCCGCUCGUUUGAAGUCUUCAAGCAAUAAAUCUGAAGAAAAUCAACAUGAAGCAGAAUCAAAACCAAAAAGAAAUCUUACAAAAGUUGCACAAAAAGAUAUAAUAGAUAAUGAUUCUGCCAAUAAAGUUCCAACCAGAAAUACAAGAAGAAAAGUUCAGAAAAAAUAA